UUUAUUUUUCAGUGAGCCUGUUAAGGCUGCAUGGGACAGUAAGAAAUCAGUGAAGGAAAACAUGAGAGCCAUGGGAUUAUCAUCGGAUCCUAACAAGACUCUUCCCAUUAAAACAACUAAGGAGAGGCUUGCCCCUGUCAAUCUUGAUGACUCUAUGGAUGUUGAUGGUAAAAUUACCUGUCCUUCAGGCAAUAAGCAGGUGAUCAAAGAACUUGAAGCCAUAGCCGAUUUGCCCACCAAGAAGAGAGAAAAAAUAUCUGAUCCUAUGAUGAUGUACUGCACAUACAUGAUGGAAAAGUAUGGCACUGACUAUAAGGCAAUGGCCCGGGAUGUCAAAAAUUAUUACCAGGACACUCCAAAGCAGAUUAAGAAGAAGAUCACAUUGUUCAAGAGCUGCAAAGUACAGUAUCAAGAGUACCUCGACAAGAAGUCGGGUGGACAACCAGAUACAGAGGAUGUCACCAUGAGCUGACAUGUGAGGAUAAUUGGAUAUAAAUGACUUUAAAUCAAAAGAACAGACUUAUCAGCAGGUAAGGACCACUUCCAGGACCCUACAAAACUAUCAAGAAGGUUACAUUGUUCUAGAGCUGCAAAGUGCAGUUUCAAGAGCAUAGAAUGAAGACGUCCGGAACAACUUUACACAUGUCUCUAUGAUCUGGUACGACAGGAGUCGGGACUAUUAGAAGCAUCCUGUCUCUUCGGGAUAGCAACUUGGCAGGAGUAGGUAUCUGUGCAAUGCAGACUUUCACCUAUUGAUGUCGAAUGUACCUCGGCUUUGAUCCUGCUUAGUUUAAAGACUACAGAAGAAGCAUCAAUCUUUCAUUCUUGAUAUGGUAGCUGCUAUUUGUUUUGUUUUUACCAUAAAGAAACUUAAAUGUCAGCAAAACAGCUUAUCCUCCCAAGCCUUUAAUUUUUUUUCGGGGGGGGGGGGAUUAAUUCAGGAAUCAAGAUUAGCAUGACUGUUGCCUUGUUGGAAUAUUAUUGCAAUAAUUUUCAAGGGUAUUUAUCAUUCAUUCAUAUUUUAAAAUUUUUAGUAAAAUUCCAUUUGCUUUUUCUUAACUGAACUCUCAGAGAUGAUGUGAACACAGUUUGUAAGUUACAUGCAGUGAAAAACAUUUAUUGCUUUAAAUAAAAUAUGUCCAGUGCUAUAUUGUGAUAUAUGCAGCAAGUGAACCAUAACAUAAAAAGUGUACGUAAUACAGAUAUGUGAAUAUAAUACGUGUGAAUUUACCUAAACCUAAACAAAGAAUUUUAAAACACAUUAAGUACAGUCUUGGUAACUUACUUCCAUACCUUAUAAAGAAAUAGCACAGAAGCACAUACAUGUGAUGAUUAAUCAUUACUAAAAUGGGGACACUCCCAAAUACUUUGUAUCGAUCUUCAUUUAUAAACAAUUAUUUUCCUUUAAUUCCAUAAUUCUAUAUUUUGUAAAAAUACAAAAAUUCAAGCUCCCAUACACAUAUCAAUCAAUCUUUACAAGACAUGAGUCUUGUAAAGAUUGAGUAUUAUAGUCAUACAUGUACUGGCCCGAAUUCACAAAAAUGGUUUUGAAAACCCACGUUUGAGUCCAUGGUUUAUGCAGAUUUCCUGUAUAAAUUACGCUUAUUUUACCGCAUACCACUGUUUGAAGAAUGGACUCAUUAAUUCAAAACUGUGCACUCAUUAAUAAAAUAGCGUGAAUAACCAUGGCAACAGGCGUCAAUUUGGCGCACUGUGACAAAAGCGCGCAUCAGCAUUGGACAUUACUUAAUAUAUGCGGUAAAAUAAGCGUAAUUAAUACAGGAAAUCUGUAUAAACCAUGGACUCAACCGUGGGUUUUCAAAACCACCUUUGUGAAUUCGGGCCACUGUGUCUGAGAAAUCAAGAAUUCACUUCUGAUAAUCAAUACUUCAAUUUAUUCUAUUGGAUCUUUACAUUUACAUGAAAUUCAUGCAAUGGAAAUAUGUAUGUUUUUAUAUACAUAUGUGUGAUUUAUAAGUGAGCUAAAUCAAAUAGAUAUGAAUAGUACAUUGAAAUCUGAUUAAGCAACAACAUUAUUUGUUUUACAUCUAUGUGAAGAGUACAUGAAAAUUUUUACUCAUGAAUAAAAAAAUACAACAGAUCAGAGGAGCAUUUCAUGAAAAGUUUUGUCCGUCAUUUUUUACUGACCAAUUUGCGCUCAGCCAAUCAGAUGAAAGUAUUUACAAUAGCUUAUAACAAUAGUCAGU